UGAUCAGGAGCCUACGUCUGCACAAGUCCCUCUUGUCCUGGUCCUUUUUGCCUGUCCAGACACCAAUUCCCUGGUCGACAGGGAAAGCAGAAGGAAAAUAAUUGUGCUUGAAGAAGAAAAUUCCCAACAUGGAAAAACCAUGCGAUGAAAAUAAAGAACAGCCGCAGGACGCUCCAAAGGCAGAUGAUGAGCAGCCUCGGGUGGAGCAGUCUCCCGAAAAGCAGUGUUCGGAGGAGGAGCAGUCCUCGGAGGAGGAGUUCUUCCCAGAAGAGCUGCUGCCAGAGCUGCUGCCAGAGAUGCUGCUGUCAGAGGCGCGCCCCCCGCAGGAGCGCCUCUCCUGGAAGGACCUGUGCGAGGAGCGCCCUCCCAUGGAGCAGCCUCCUUGUGGCGUGGGCAAACACAAGCUGGAAGAGGGAAGUUUCAAAGAAAGGCUGGCUCGUUCUCGCCCGAAAUUUAGAGGCGACAUACAUGGCAGAAAUUUAAGCAAUGAGGAAAUGAUACAGGCAGCAGAUGAGAUGGAAGAGAUGAAAAGAGUAAGAAAUAAACUAAUGAUAAUGCAUUGGAAGGCAAAACGGAGCCGUCCUUAUCCUAUUUAAUAUGUUCUGUCCUUCAUUCUGUUUUGUCUGAUAAUAGAUUGUCACCUGGGUCUGAUAAUAGAUUGUCACCUGGACACUCUGUUUGCAUUUUCUUACAUGACUUUUCCCAUCUUCUUAUUUUUAACUUUUUGUGCAACUUUGUUUUAGGUUUUUGACUUGUAACUGACAUAAAAAUGUUUUUCAAACUUCUUAAAAUCCAAGUCCUGCCCAUUUGCAUGGAAAGAUGUACAUUAUAUAUUGUGAAGUGAAGCAUCAAUUUUCAAAAGGAAUAAGACCUGCCUUACUGUGCUGCUGUGGAACCAAAUGAGAUAAAGAUGGUGUGAGCUGUGUCUAUUUUUUCUUUCCCCAUCUGCACACAUAGGACCCCAGCCCCUACAGAUUCCCUUCAAACACAGGACAUAGUAGCCAAAGGAAGUCUCACUCCUGCACGCCAACAAUUCCCGUGAGAUUCUAGGUGAGUGCCAUAUUCUACCCCUGCCCUGCUAUAUUCUUGGAUACUGCAAUACCUGCCAGGUACAGCUGCCCUAUUCCCCAGAGUCCUGCUCAUUCCACUGACUCCUAGUGCUGCUGAUGUUCUCAAGGUGCAAAGCCACACUGGUUGCUCUGCAGUCACUGGUGAGUCACAGCACUGUGUCUCCUCUUGUAAUCUUAAUGUGAAACUCACCCAGGUGUAUAUCAUCCCAAUGCUGCUUAGACCUCAAUGGUUUAAAAGAAUGCUUAGCAAAAUAGCUUUUUACAUUGUUUUUUACUUAAAGCCUCUCUUUUCUCCUUGGGACUCAAACAUGAGUUCAAGGCAAAUUUGUGAGAUGGACAUAAUGCUGUGUAUUCGGAAUUGAAACCCUCCUCCCAAAUAUCCAAGGAUAACUGUAAUUUUAAUUACCUAACUUGUCUUAGGGUGAGUUCUUUCUGGGGUAGGGGGACUUCUUGCAGGUUUCCCUUAUCCAUUCAGCUGACUUGUAUAAAUUAAACAUGAAAAUAAAGCUGAGGCUCAAAGUUGGGCAUUCCCCAUCUAAACUAAUCUGUAUCAACAAGAAACACGCAAAAGUACUUUGCAAAAUAUUAAAGUACUACAUAUAUACAUAACAAAUACUAUGAUUUAUCCAUUAAACUACCUUUAUAAAUCUUGAUUUUGUUGUAUUGAUCUUCUUAAUGCUAAAAAUACAUAUAGUGGGUAAUAAUUUUUAAAUUAUGACAUCAUGAACUCUGAGUUUCUGUUUGUGUCAGUAAAGAGUGGGAAUUUCUCUAGAACUAUGAUUUGCAAUUCCAGAAGGAAUCUAAUGAGAGAGAGAUUGUUUCCUUAAAUUCAACAUUAAAACUAUUUAAAGAUUUUAUAUAUCAGUGUUUCUCUUGCAAAAAUGUAGAAACUUGGGUUUGUAACCCAGACCCACUAAAUCUGCUCUUCUGUAAGUUAACACACUAACAUCAGAGAACUACUUGCAAUAUUCAGUAUACUUCUGAUUUUUAGAAGAUAAAUGGGUCCCCACUGCAGAGGAACUAACAGAA